GACUCCGCGGGGGGGGAAAUAGAGAAAUUGUAAAUAGAGAGGGCUAAAGGACAAACAUUCAAUGAUAGAAGAAAAGGGGGGAAAUUGUCAAAGAGGAGGAAUGUUUGUCCAGGGCUGAUGGGCGGGGCAACGUGGUCGGUCUUGAGCCAUCCUCAACUGUUGGAAACAGAACAAGUUUCUAAGUUGUGUUUCUGCAGAAACCAGGCAGUGCUAGGAACAAGCAACUGCUGCCAAGAGCUCAGUGCAGCUCUUCCCUCACCCUGCACCACGCAUGACUCACAGCAUUGGCUGUUUUCUCUCUCCAGGCAAAAUCCACCCAGCAAGAAUGAGGAAUCACCAGCUAGCAGUUGGUGUUGCUGCUUCAGCCUCAGAAAGCCAUCCUCUGGCAGCAAACGCCAACUGCAGCGCAAUGCCAGGCAGUCCUCAGAAACAGCAGUGGUAGUCCUGGCAGGUGAAUCGAGCCCUUGCCAAUCCAGAAGAUCCAGGGCAAGUAGCGAGGAUGCUCUCUGUGCUUCCAUCAGUGGAGAGCUCAUAGGAAGCAGAAAUGGCUGCAACUCCAACAGCAGCCUUCCAUCUAACAACAGUAACAACAGUGAUGGAGAGAAGGAGCUCAUUGAAGUUCAUGCUCUCAUUACUGGCUCUGCUGAAAAUGCUGACCUGAGCCUGCAAGACACCACCGUGACCAACCUGGAUUGUAAUCCAGUGCCUUUGCUGUGCAGCCCAUCCCAAGCACAGUGUGAGUGCCCCGACAGCAGCACCUCCGUGCAGGAGCAGGUCAGCGUCAGUGAGGAGGAGCAGAGCCUCUUGCAGGGGGACUUUCAGUCAGGCCUCCAGUCCCAGGCAACGGACAGCAGCACUGAGAGUCUGAGCCACUCUCUCCAUGACAAGAAAGGAUGA